AUGUACUUUUAUUGCCCUCCAGUUGACGGCGGAUGGUGCACGUACAGUGAUUGGAGUGAUUGCUCAGUAACGUGUGAAAAUGGUACAAAGACACGCUCUAGGGAGUGCAAGUGUCCUGAACCCGCCUACGGUGGCGCCACCUGUGUGGGUGCGACAACCGAGACACAGUAUUGUAGUGGCCUCUGUUGCCCAGUGGAUGGUUAUCUGAGCGAUUGGUUACCGUGGUCUUCUUGUUCUGCUACCUGUGGACUGCCAGGAACAGUGACUCGGUCACGUACCAAGGAGUGUAUAUAUCCCGACCCAGAUUGUCCUGGUGAUGACUGUGGCCAACUUCCGGAAGAAUAUGAAAACUGCACCCAAAAGCCGUGUUGUACAACAAGUGGUGGAUCACCGGGUUCAUUCCAACACGACAGAGGAAAUAGGCUUCACGGUCUUCGGGUGAAUUUCCGGGGAGCUAAUACAAAUGACAAGUAUGUCACCUUUAGAUGUGGGAUUGUAUUGAUUGAAAGUAUCCAAAACUAUGAUGAGACCUAUGUUGCUGACGUGCAGGCUGCCGUGACCGACGUAUGUACCGAACAAUCACGUCGGGUUUGUCAAGUGACAAUCCCUGCUCCUCCCGGCUGCCCUUGCCAAGUGAUGAUAAAAUACAUGUGUUGCAAUACCUUGUAUUAAAUGAGAUACGCCAGGACUUCAAAAAUGCUGGACAAAACGGACUUAUGCAGACAUUUCUCGACUGCAUUUAAAUAUGCAGUUGUAUAUUAUUCCCACUGAUUAUUAGUUAGCAGAUUGAAAAUAACAAAAAAAUUAUAAAACAUGGGGAAAAAACUGUUGCAGCUUGCUUAUUUACCAAUUUCCUAAAACAUCAUUUACUUCUCAAAUUAACUUAAAACUUUAAUUUACCUUGCUUGUGUUAAAGGUCAUUGCGUACUCAUUUUAGUUUCCUUUAUGUAAUUUAAUAAUAUUAUAAUGGGGUGAAAUAUUAUAAUAUUUAUAUAUAUUUAUUAGUUUUAAUAUGUAAAUACUAAUGGGAAACAUUUAAUUUGCUAGGAAGGCCUGAUGUCGUUUCAGUAUGCCUUAAAUCAUUGUUUUUUUUUCCUAAUUCCAAUAAUACAAGGGGGUUGGUUAAUUAAUUUAAUGAUAAGUAAGCCUGCUAGAUUCCAGAGGCACCAUUUCGGUUAUUUAAUAUUUUAGUUAAUUGAUCCGUCUCAUUAGAUCUUCAGAUUACAUUUACACACUUUAAUAUUCGUAUGCACUCAUUUGUCGUGAUAAGGGAGUGGUUAGCUGUCUUGUAAACAAGUCAUUCUACGUCAUGCAAAUAAA